AUGGCUACUGUCUCGCGAAACGUAUCUGUAAAAUCCACCUCUCCAGAAAUAAUCAAGAAAAUCGAACAGGAAAUUGUCAAAGAGGCAAAAAACGAGGAGCGCAGCCUCAAGGACGUCGUCAAGGACCUACACCGUGCCGAGAAGGACACCAACAAAGCCCACAAGUCUGCUGUCAAAGCUGAGAAGGCUCUCGAAAAGGCAGAAAAGAGAGAGCAGAAAACCCUCAAGAACCUCUAUCGGGCGGAAAACGCCCACAACAUCGCUCUCGGUCACGUUACCCACACCCAGCAUGAAUUUGAGCUGGCGACCAAGAAACACACCAAGAUGAGAGAGUUACUCCAGGCCAAGACAACCAGGGUCGAUGAGGCUAUGAAAGCAAAUGACGAACAUACGAAAACCCGUAAUGCAAGACUUGCAGCACUGCAGGGCCCUUCCGCUACAGAAGAAGCGGCCAGGGUGGUUCCUGACCCAACCUCUGUUCCUCCCAAAGAAGUAGGGACCGCCAUUCCAGAAACUGUAAUCACACAACCCAACGGUGUUCGGGUCAACAACUGA